AUGCGUAUUAACGAACACACCUGUGUGUUUACGGAAAAAGUGGUCCUAGUACCAUACAAUGCGCACCAAGUGCCCAAAUAUCACGAAUGGAUGAAAGACCCGCAAAUCCAAGAAGCAACGGCUUCAGAACCGCUCACCCUGGCAGAAGAGCACGCCAUGCAACGAAGCUGGCGCAGAGACGGCGAUAAGCUUACCUUUAUCCUUUGUCGGCCGUUCCACCGCGGGCAUACCAAUCGGCAUGACGACGAUGUCGCUUCUGGAGAUGAUGCACGCCUACAAGAUGAACUCGCCGCCAUGGUCGGGGAUGUGAACCUCUUCAUCUCGACCGUGGAGGCGGAAGAAAUACGCCCCAACGACAUGGAUGAGAUGCUCAUACACACUGACCCGCACGCGGCCUGUAAUAACUCUGGACCCAACUCCUCGAUCGCGAUCGGCGAACUCGAACUAAUGAUCGCCGAACCGGCCCACCGUCGACAAGGCCUCGGUAAAACGGCCCUGCUGACCUUCCUCGAGUAUAUCAUCCGGCAUGAGAGGCAGAUUCUCGAGGAGUUUCACCGCGGAGGAGGGUGCACCGCGACGGCAGCAGGGCCGGUUCCCAGAUCUUCACAACUGGGAACCACCGAUGCGCCUCGUGUGGACCCCAAGUUCGGCUACUUCACAGUCAAAAUUGCCAGCUCGAAUCGUGGAAGUAUUGCCCUCUUCGAGGCGUUGGGGUUCACCAAGACCAGCGAGCAGGAGAGUUACUUUGGGGAGUUUGAGUUGCGGUUGAGCAGGGAGAGGCUUUUGGAAAAGCACGGGAUGGAGAUCCAUCGGACAUACGCAGAGGAAACUUACGCGUGUUCUUGUCGUGAGUGCUUGAGGUCAGAGGAGCCGGUGCCAUGA